AUGCAACGAGUCAGACGACGAAUAAGCUCUCUGAAGCUGCCGAUGCAGCCCAAGCGCAGGCCCACCUUGGCCGAGCUGAAGAAGGAGAUCGACAUUGACGACCAUCAGAUUCCCCUGGAUGAUUUGGCGACAAGGCUUGACGUCGACAUCGAAACAGGCUUGAGCGAAGAAGAAGCAAAGCAUCGACUGACGAGGGACGGACCGAAUUCCCUCACGCCUGCGACGACCGUCCCCGAGUGGGUGAAGCUCUUCAAGCAGCUGUCGGGGGGGUUCGCCCUGCUGCUGUGGAUCGGGUCGUUCAUCUGCUUCGUCACGUAUGGGAUCCAGGCGGGGUCUUAUGACGACCCGCCGGAUGAUAACUUGUUCCUCGGGAUCGCGCUGGCCAGUGUCGUCAUCAUCACAGGUGGCUUCUCGUACUAUCAGGAAGCGACGAUCCGAUCGGAGGAACUCGUCCUGGGCGACAUCAUCGAGGUGAAAUUCGGCGACCGCAUCCCGGCCGACAUCCGGAUCAUCGAGGCUUGGGGACUGAAGGUGGACAACUCCUCGCUGACGGGCGAGUCCGAGCCCCAGACCCGAUCCGCCGCUUGCACCCAUUACAACCCGCUCGAAACUCACAAUCUGGCGUUCUUAUCCACCUACGCCGUGGAAGGCACUGCUAAAGGGAUCGUGAUCAUGACCGGAGACAAAACGGUGAUGGGUCGAAUCGCAAAUUUGGCGUCGGAUUUGCACGCCGGCAAGACCCCGAUCGCGAAGGAACUCAUUCGUUUCGUUCACAUCGUCACUGUCGUGGCCGUGGUCCUGGGGGUCGGCUUUUCCAUCGCUGCCUUUGCCAUGGGCUACGACUGGCUGCAGGCUGCCGUCUUUUUGACCGGAAUCAUCGUCGCGAUGGUUCCCGAGGGUCUUCUUCCCACCGUGACGGUGAGUUUAACGUUGACAGCAAAGCGAAUGGCAGCCAAGAACUGCUUGGUAAAGCACCUAGAAGCCGUAGAAACAUUAGGGUCCACAUCAACCAUCUGUUGCGACAAGACCGGAACUCUGACUCAGAAUCGAAUGAGCGUUUCUCACAUGUGGUUCGACAACCAUAUCGUAAAAAUCGACACGACGGAGCACCAAGCUGAACCGAAAUACGACAGGAACAGUCCAGGAUGGCACGCCCUCUUUCGAGUGGCCGCGCUCUGCAGCCGUGCCGUCUUCAGAGGCGGCCAGGACGACGUCCCCCUCCUGAAAAGGUUCGCACAGACAUUCCGCGCUCCUCGAAUUCUCGCACCAGACAGAAUUAAAACGCUCCUCUUGCGAUCUAGAGAAGUGACCGGAGACGCCUCGGAGGCCGCACUCCUGAAAUGCGUCGAGUUCGCCAUGGGAAACAUCGCCUGCUACCGACAGAAGCACAAGAAGAUCUGCGAGAUCCCCUUCAACUCGACCAACAAGUACCAGGUGAGCAUCCACGAGGGAAACGACCCGGACGGGCGACCGUCGUACCUGCUGAUGAUGAAGGGAGCGCCGGAACGCAUCGUGGAGCGGUGCUCCACCAUCUUCAUCAACGGGAAGGAGUUCCCCCUGGACGAUCACUGGAAGAGCAACUUCACGGCAGCUUAUACGGACCUGGGCGAGCGCGGGGAAAGGGUCCUCGGGUUCUGCGACUUCAGACUCCCGCUGGAGGAAUUCCCGCUGGGAUUCAAGUUCGACGCGGAGAAGCAGAACUUUCCUCUGAAUGGACUGCGAUUCGUCGGGCUCAUGUCCAUGAUCGAUCCGCCGAGGAGCGCCGUUCCGGAUGCGGUGGCCAAGUGUCGGUCGGCGGGGAUCAAGGUCAUUAUGAUCACCGGGGAUCAUCCCAUCACGGCCAAGGCCAUUGCAAGAUCCGUUGGCAUCAUCUCGGAGGGCAGUGAAACAAUGGAAGACAUCGCGAAUCGUCUGAACAUGGAUGUGAAAGAAGUCGAACCAUCCAGCGCGAGGGCAGCCGUGGUGUGCGGCUCCGAACUCAGGGAAAUGUCAUCCUCCCAUCUCGACGACCUCCUAAGGCAUCCUCCUCCCUCCCCCACAAACCCCACAAACCCCCACAAAUCACGACACACCAUACCGUUCUCUCCCCCCAGGAAACACCCGGAAAUCGUGUUCGCCCGCACCUCGCCCCAGCAGAAGCUGAAAAUCGUCGAGGGCUGCCAGCGUCUGGGCGCCAUCGUGGCCGUGACCGGUGACGGAGUCAACGACUCCCCCGCCCUCAAAAAAGCCGACAUCGGAAUCGCGAUGGGUAUCGCCGGCUCGGACGUAUCGAAGCAAGCAGCCGACAUGAUUCUACUGGAUGACAAUUUCGCCUCCAUCGUGACCGGAGUGGAAGAAGGUCGAUUGAUCUUCGACAACAUAAAGAAAACGGUCGCAUACACCCUCACGAAAAACAUGACGGAGCUUGCGCCGGUCGUGCUCUUCAUCGUGGCCGCCAUACCGCUGCCUCUUGGGACCAUCACCAUCCUUUGCAUCGACCUUGGCACCGAUUUGCUUCCAGCGGUCGCCCUCGCCUAUGAGAAGGCCGAGUCAGACAUCAUGAAACGCCAGCCCAGGAAUCCCUUCACAGAGAAAUUACAAGCAGCCGACAUGAUUCUACUGGAUGACAAUUUCGCCUCCAUCGUGACCGGAGUGGAAGAAGGUCGAUUGAUCUUCGACAACAUAAAGAAAACGGUCGCAUACACCCUCACGAAAAACAUGACGGAGCUUGCGCCGGUCGUGCUCUUCAUCGUGGCCGCCAUACCGCUGCCUCUUGGGACCAUCACCAUCCUUUGCAUCGACCUUGGCACCGAUUUGCUUCCAGCGGUCGCCCUCGCCUAUGAGAAGGCCGAGUCAGACAUCAUGAAACGCCAGCCCAGGAAUCCCUUCACAGAGAAAUUAGUGACUCCUUGCCUCGUGUGCAUGUCGUACUUCCACAUCGGAGCGAUGCAAAUAGCGGGGGGAUAUCUCGCAUAUUUCACGAUCAUGGCGCACAACGGAUUCAGGCCUCUCAGUCUGUUCGGGCUCCGCUCUCAUUGGGACUCCAAGGCGAUCAACGAUCUGGAGGAUUCGUACGGCCAAGAAUGGACGUAUACUGACCGCAAGAACUUGGAAUUUGCAUGUUAUGCCGGGUUUUUCCUUGCCAUCGUGAUCGUGCAAUGGGCCAAUCUCAUCAUCUUGAAGACGCGACGUAAUUCGGUGUUCCAACAGGGAAUGACGAACUGGGUCAUGAACUUCGCCCUAGUAUUCGAGACGGCCAUGGCCGCAAUGUUCCUCUACACACCCGGUCUGGUAGAAGCCGUCAGCAUGUAUCCUCUCAAAUGGGAAUGGUGGCUGCCCGCCCUGCCGUUUUUCUUCCUCAUUCUCACUUACGAUGAGCUUCGAAAGUUCCUGCUGCGUCGCAAACCAGGCGGAUGGAAGACUUCGGCCGAACGCAACUUUGUCGCGUAUGCGAUUCCUCGCUACAAUCCCUGGGCAUCCCUAAGUCCAAACAGCGUCUCUCCCCUGCGAAAGUCGCCUCCGGGCGAUGAGGUGGCUGCUUUGGUCCUCGACCGAGUCGCUUCGUGGAUCCGUUCCGGGAUGACAGAAUCGAUCGCGAGAAUCUCAACGAUGGCCAACCUGAAUGAUGACUCUUGGGACGGGAAUCCCCCGUCUCCUGCGCCUCGAGGCUUCGUUGUUGCAGACAUGUUGAGCCAAAAACGAAGACUUCACGAAGAGGUGGGCAUCGACCAUCAGAUGACCUUCGAUGACCUUGACGCCUAG